GUUUGGGGAAUAAAUCCGACAGUGUUAUACACGAACGAUGUACGAGUUUACUGUAUAAGCUCGUGUUGCGAGGGUGGGCGAACGAAAGAGGAUAGAAAAUAAGGGAGGGUGUGUUCGGCCCCCGUGGUAUAAAUAUGCGAUAGAAAGAAACGGGUAUAGUUAAUAAUAAUAAUGACGAGAUAGGAGAUGAUGCGUGGAGGACUAGGGAGUGAGUCAGUGAUGCUGCGUGGACCGUAGACUGCGAAGAGACGCCGGGGCCAGACCUACAGCUGUUCGAGUCCGGACCCUGAAAUCCCCUGCAAACUUUAGUUUUCCACUUCCCAGUUGAUCCCCGCAGACGCCAGAUCAUUUCGGUAGCACGAGGACGUGUGAUCGGCGUGCGCUCGUUUUAUAUAAAAGCGACCGUGUCAUCUCUUCUCCUCCCCUCGUUGCUGGACGGACCACUUUAACGUCGUCGAACGACGCGCAUCUGCAGUAGUAUCCGCGAUCGUUGUUGUAUCGUCUCCCGGCUUACGUACGGCUCGGUUUUCUUUCAUUUAAUUGCGAAGUGAACCUCGGAAUCUGUGAAAGAAAUUAGAAUCGUCUGCGGCGCACCGUUCACCAUGCCGAAGAAAUAACGCUGCGGAGCGUCUUGCUCUAGAAAAGACGAAUUAUAGUGAUCCAUGCAAUGUCAUCAGAACGGCGGCGAGGCGUAUCUGCCCGAUGAUUCAAAGAUUAUUAUUGUUCAUCGAAUGAAAUUAAAAUAGCGCAAAUAUUGAACACUGUUCCAGUCAGUGGGUCGAUACGAUAACGUUGAAAAACUGUGUGCUAGAAGUGUUCGAAAUGUACGACUAUAGUUAUACGUUCGCAAGCGCGUCUCAGGAUUAAUAAGUCUCCAUUUAUCAAGUGUAAUUGAACUCGCAACCUCUGUUGUACGCGUAUACGCGUGUUUAUAAUUCCUAAGUCUUAACGACGACGUGCGACGUGAAGAUGGGAUGUAUGAAGAUACAUUAGGUUGAAAAGUUGAUGUAAAAUAAAAUUGAGAAACCUGGGAUCCAGCGAGAACGAAAAUUGCAUCGAGAAUUGUUCGCGCAACGAUUCGGAAGUGAAUCUUUGGGGAUGAAAAAUUGGAGAAAAAAUUCUCCUUAAUUUUCUGGAAACGAGGUCGUUACUCGAUUUACCGCGUUAUCGUUUCGGCGGGGGUGAAUGCGAGGGUAAAUGUCAACAAGACAUUUUGAAAAUCUUUGCUUUGGAGUCUGCGCGUCUGCAACAGCUUCUCUCUCUUCCUGUGCUCGUAGUAGCUGUACCUAGCCAGAUUUUCCGGCAUCAGUGAUGCAGUACUACUCUGCAGAGUGCACGUUAUAACUAAGAACGUGUAAAAGCAGACAGGGGAAGAGAAGAAAAGCGAAUAGAAGGACGAUGGUGAUGUUGGUGUUGGUGUUGCAGUAGCUGCAGCACCAGUGACAGCAUCAAAAGUGUACGUUAUAUCCACAUGGGUAUUCCGUAUUUAUCUCAGUCAAAUUAAACAUGUCAAACGACCGGCACAACGACCAUUUUGUUUUUAGUAGUGAAGUGCCGAGGACAUUGUGCAGUAACGAAGUCGGACCGUCUUGGAAGAUGGAGAACAUCCUCCGACUGGGGUUGACCAAUUCGUUGAUACCGACCCCUAAGAGUGGAAAAUUCGCGAUAAGUUCAGCGCAAAAACAAAAUGGGGACAUUGCAAAUUGCAAAGUUACUAAAACCGAAGAGAAUAAAUUAAGAUUAAUACUGCAGUACGGUGCGACCGAUCCUGCGGAUGACGUACGACCUGCGUUUCAUCUCGAUGCGGAUGCUACGGAUAAGGAAAAAAAAAUCAACAUCAACGGUACCAGGGCUAAAAUUACGUCACACGCGAGAACCUCGGCCCUACAACACUCGGUGGAAACUAGAAGCCUUCACCACCGAUAUGACACGGACAAGGGUCAGAAUGAGGAUUAUGAAGACGAAGACGUUCAUCAGGAGUAUAAAAAAGCGGAGUUUGAGGAUUUAGGAGAUGGAGCCUCAGGGGAUUUUGGAAGAGAUAAGCAGUUGGGAUCUCUCACAGAAGCAAUCCGGCACCUCGGUAGUAGUGUCGGGGAGCUUGAGCCUAAGAAAUAUACGGCCCUGGGAGUAACUCGGGCCUCCAACUUCGACGCCCCGUCGACGCACCCAAAGGUAGUGACGCCGACGCCGCAGUCACACUCGCAGUCCCCAUCGGCUCACGAUCAGUCGACUAGACGUACACAGACGGCUACUACGCGAUGUGCGCGAGGAAAUGUUGUGCGCUCCCAAAGGCCCGAUGCUCUAACAACUACGACCCUAAAAGUAAAUAAAGAAGAUGUCAUGGAGCCGGAAUUGAAGGAAAAAGACGAGCACAAAUCGAGCACACCAAGCCCAGAGCUACUUGGUCCACACAGCAAAACGUACCACGAAGAUGGGAGCAGUGAAGAUGACAGUGGGCCAAGUUCUUGUUCACGAACUCAUAGAUUAUCAUCCCUCUAUCAUGGAACUUGGCCCGUCGAACGCGGUAUAUGGAACAGCCAACAGAUCAGCUUUACUAAUCAGCAGAGUACCUCCAGCACUACUCACAAUGAUAUAGCAAGUGUGAUGAGUUUCUCUUCUGGUGUGAGCAUGGGAGGUGGAGGUCCUGGUGGUGUGCAAGGAAUGCAGGGACAGAGAAGACUUGGGGCUAAAGUUGACGUUGUUUAUAGUCUGUUGGGAAUGCUAGGAGGAGCUGAAGGUCGUGAAGAUAUGAGCGCAACUCUCUUGUCCAUGAGUAGCUCUACAGACAGCUGUUUGGCCAUGAGACAGUCUGGGUGUUUACCACUUUUAGUCCAGCUCAUUCAUGCCCCAGGCCAAGAUCCGGAAACGAGAGAAAGAGCUUCACAGGCUAUUCAUAAUAUUGUCCAUUCUCGUAGUGAGGAGAGAGCAGGGCGACGAGAAGCUAGGGUUCUUAGACUUCUGGAACAGCUCAGGGAUUAUUGCCAGACACUUAGAACAACCCUUGAAGCUGGACAACCGCUUGAUGAUUUUGACAGACAUCCAGGUCCAACAAUAGCUGCUCUUAUGAAAUUAUCGUUUGACGAAGCGCAUAGACACGCAAUGUGCCAAUUGGGGGGCCUGCACGCAGUUGCAGAGCUAAUUGAAAUGGACCAUGCAGCCCAUGGGAGUGAAUGCGACGACCAGAACUGCGUUACUCUGCGCAGAUACGCUGGUAUGGCACUGACCAAUCUGACAUUUGGUGAUGGCAACAACAAAGCACUCCUUUGCUCGUUUAGAGAAUUUAUGAAGGCACUGGUGGCACAAUUGCGAAGUCCUAGUGACGAUUUGCGUCAAGUAACUGCUAGCGUGCUUCGCAAUCUUUCUUGGCGGGCUGAUAGUAGUAGCAAACAGACUUUACGUGAAGUAGGAGCAGUAGUGGGACUAACAAUGGCUGCAAUGGAAGGAAGAAAGGAAUCUACACUCAAAUCUAUAUUAUCAGCUCUCUGGAAUCUUUCAGCUCAUUGCAGUACGAAUAAAAUAGAUAUAUGUGCUGUAGAAGGGGCACUCGCGUUUUUGGUGGAUAUGUUGAGCUACAAAGCUCCCUCUAAGACUUUGGCUAUUGUAGAAAACGCUGGCGGUAUCUUGAGAAACGUCUCUAGCCACGUAGCUGUGAGAGAAGACUAUAGAUCAGUUCUUCGAGAAAGAGGUUGCCUGCAAGUCCUCUUACGCCAACUAAGAUCUCCCAGUUUAACAGUUGUCAGUAAUGCUUGCGGCGCACUUUGGAAUUUGUCAGCGCGUUGCCCCCAAGAUCAGAGAAUGUUAUGGGAUUUAGGAGCGGUACCUAUGCUCCGAAGUCUCGUUCAUUCUAAACAUAAAAUGAUAUCAAUGGGCUCCGGUGCGGCCUUGAAAAAUCUCCUGGGUGCACGUCCAGGUAGCAGCAAUCUCGUUCAUUUGGAUUCAACUGCCAGAGGUCUAGGACUUCCAACUUUGCCAACACUUGUUGCUCGCAGGCAACGAGCCCUAGAACAAGAGAUUGAUCAAAAUUUGGCUGAAACUUGCGAUAAUAUCGAGCCCAGCACCUCGCCAACAAACAAAGAUGACAAGUUUGGAUUCAAAGCUGAAAGGAGAUUUGCUGACCUUGAUUCUAGAGGCGCACAUUCUUAUCAGAUGCAGAGUAGUCAACCAGGUCCGUCUAGCAUGCGGUUCAACACAGUCGCUCGCAGUGAGAGUAGAGAGUCCAUCCGUUCCAUAACAAGCACACACUCUGAUACUAUUUUUGAAAGAGUUAAUCGACAUGUCCUGAAUGGAGUUUCUCCAACAGAAUCCCAAGUGAAACAACAAUCUUCUUCUCUUCACUCUGCGACAGGUUUCCAUCCAGGAAUUUCUGCCGAAGGUACCUCCAGAGGUGUCAGUAAUUCAGACAGAAAGUAUGUCCUACGAUAUAAAAAUGCUACUCCAGAGAGACAGAGGACAGGCAAUGAAAUCUCAUUCAAUGAUACAGCUAAUUUGAGAUGUACCACAUCUACCAUGUCUUGGGCCUCUGCUGCCGAUCAAGAAGCUGCUUGCUCUCAAAUAUUAAUGCACACUUCAAUUGAUGAGAAUUCAUCAUCCAGUGAGUUAUAUAAAUCCUCAUCAUCUAAUAGAGAUGAUAUUAAAUCUCAGUACCUCUCUAAAGAUUGUGAACCAUCUGGUAUUCCAAGAGCACUUUUCGACAGUCCAGGAGCAAGACCUGGCAUAACUUCGUCUGUAUCUCCCACUCAACGUUUUGUACAAAAUACCGCGAGUAAAGAUCUGAGUUGUCAACAGCUAAAAACCAUGGAGGGAGGUGCUCCAGGCCAAAAUACUGCUUCCAAGAAUAGUGGGAUCACUGGUGCGAUAAAAAGGGAGAUUACGUUACCCAAACCAAUAGAAUAUAGAUUGAGAUACGUUGCCCACGAUCUAGAAGAAGAUGACAAACAACAUUCCGGUUACUGUGCAGAAAGUGAAGACGAGUUUCCUCAUAAUGAUGAUUUAAAGAAACAGAACACAGAGAGAGCCCAAUACAGAACACGAAGUUCUAAAAUAAACGGUGGAAAAGAUAGCACCACAUCUGCUUCAUACGAAGCUUGGGUGGAUGAAAGUACAAAGCGAGUUAAUUAUUGCAUAGAUGAAGCAUCUAAUUCCAGCUCAGGCUUUAGUUCCCUAACUACUCCAAGUAUCGCUGAAAAAUCAACAGCUGCUAUGAGUAAUUCAAAUAUACCACAGAGAGUAUGGGAUAAGACAGAGGAAACUCAUAACGUUUCAAAGGUGGCAGCCAAAAACGAUAUUUGCACACUUGCCAGGGUUUCAGAUGAUGAUGAUAUCGGCAAUACCCUGAUGGAUCAUCAAGAAGAGAAAACUUCAAUUACAUUUCCUCAAUACGAUUCUCUAGGUUUACUAAGCAGUUUUGAGCAGGAGUCUUGUCCUGGCGAUCAUAGCUCACUUGCAAGCAACUCGAGUAAUGUUCUACCGAGUUUCCAAAGCGCUUCGGGAGCUUGCUCAUUAAAUGUCAAUGCAUGCCUGGGUGAUGUUGCACCAGCUAGUUUAACUUUGGAUGAUGAGUUUAAAAUCGCCAAUGACUCCAGACUGAAAGAAUGUAGCCAAAUAUCCAUUGAAAGUGUUUCUGACACUGAAAAAGUGGAAGAAGAAUCAUUAAAUCCACUCGUUGAAAACAUCCUUGGUAAUACCAAAGAAGACAAUGAAGUCAUUGAAGUUGAUACUGACAGUGACGAAAUGCUGACUGCUUGUAAUUCAUCUGAGAUGCAAACAAAAAGGCAUAGGCAAUCAUUCAGACGAAGCAGUUUGCAAAAGUCUCCUCAACCUGUCAGCAAUUUAGCAAGAUAUCAGACCAGUUCUGCUCUAAAUCAAUUUGAUACAGCUGGUCAAGUGAGCCCAAAAACAGAGAUGAAUAAAUUCAGACAAUCCGCUAGCGAUGUUGCUGACAAAAUUGUUUGGAAUGUCGCAGAAGAUGCUAAUGGAAUAUCACGUCCACUUUCGUGUGUAUCUAUAAGUGAACACGAGCAAGAAGUCUCUGUUGCUAGAGGAAAUUCCUUACAAGAUUUUUCAAGCUACUGUGAGAAAGAUUUGCAGCUUAAUGAAUCAAAGAUUCAGCUGGAUCCUAUAAAUCCUAAAGCUUUUUCACCAAUUUUGGAGAAUCUAGACACAGAACAUGGUUGUGAGACUACUCUGGUUGAUGGCCCAGUAAUUUCGAUUGAAAACAAGCCAUCUCCAACUAUUUCAGAAACCAUGUAUGACGAUGCUGCAGUCAGUGAUCAUCGCAUAUCCCGUGAGGCUCCACCGACAUUGGAAAAUGCAAACAAUGAAAAUCAGAGUACAGACGUGGAAAUUCAAAGUCACACCAGUGAAAAUCACACAGCAGGUCAAGGUGAACAAACAGAGUCUUUAGAGUCUAAAAUUAUGUAUUCUGUAUCACAAAAAACCAUCAAUGAGGACGGUGAUGCCGCGAAUAGGACAAUGUUCGAUUUUUGUAUAAGUUCAGAUAAUUGUGAAGUCUAUAACGGUAUAGAUGAGAAAAUAGAAGCAUCGUCACCAGGUGCUUUAUCCACCAAAUUAGAGGACGACACAUCAAAUACGAAUAUCAGUGAGGAAGAAAAUCUGAGUGACGAAGUAAUGUCACCGUCGAUCGAUCCGCUAUUUUCCGCGGUCGAAAGGGCUGCGAACAGUAAAAGGGAUCGUUCCAAAAAUCGCGAAGAAACAGAAGAAGAAUAUAGGAGGCAAAGAGACCCGGAUGCGAUGAUUGCGUCUUUGGAUCGAUUAACAGCAACUCUUGUUCAACAAACCGAAGCUAUGCGAGAACGCGAAUCAUCAGCUAUGAAACAAAGCGUUGUUAGCGAUACUUGGAAUGAAGAUUCGCCAAAUGAUGUUUCUUUCCCCAGUAUCAGUGUUAGCGCACCUUUAAUUGCAUCGUUCAAAAGUGACAUUCAAGAAGAUCAGAUGCCUACUAUGCCAGAAGAAUAUCCAGAUGAAUCAACUGGAAUGAUAGCCACUAUGACAGUUUCAAGAAUCAUUGAACUGGAAGCUAACAAACUAGCAGAUGCUGUGAAUGCCAGGGUCGCAGAGUUCGAUUUUGAGACAAUGAGCAUGACGUCAAUGGAUCUUGAUGCGAUCAAACCUCCGUCCACCAUGGGAAGUCUUGUAUCUUUAUCCACAAGUUUGAUCGGCCCCAUUGAUAAUAGCGAACAUUCGGCGAUCAGGCAGAGGUGCAACUCCACUUCUCUCCCACCUUUGCAACUUAAGAAUCAAAGUGCUACCGAUUCCCGAGUCGGUCGUAAAAAAUCACUUCCCGCUGGUGUUGUGGCCAAAAGAGCGCUCAGUCAGUACCAGAAUCAUACAGGGAGUCUAGAAAAUCUAUUGAAUGAAACAUGUACUACCAGUAUCUCUCAUUUGGAUAACGUUAAACCCCCUUCAAUGAUGGAUGAAUUACCGGAUGCUAUGGAUAUGGAAAACAGCAUGCUUAGUGUAGCAAGUAUCACCUCAGAAGUUGCAGAUAGUAGAGAUCAGGAUUCCCAGAGUUUAACAUCCAGUGAUCCGGUAUUUGAUCUUCUCAAACCAGUGGCAAAUAUCCUGUCUAUGACCUGUAUGCGCUAUGCCGAAUCUAUGCAAGUCAGUGAAAACAAUAGCCUCAGCGAAUGUCUUGAAAAUAUAAAUCCACCGUCACUGUUUAACGAAGUUAGCGAAAUGGAUGAAUCUACGAUAGAACCAACUAGCGAUACAUUUUGCAGCGAUACUCUGUGUAUGGACAAUGAGUUGCACACGGAAGAAAUUUCUCAUGGUCAGGGAGCAACUAUUGACCGAAUAGAAGAGUGUGAUAAUGAUACCGAUGAUGCGACCACGCCUAUCCCUUCCGAAUAUUGUGUCACCAGUUCAGCAGAGUCAACGCCGAAGAAACGGCAUAACAAAAAUCACUUGACACCAAAACAAAAGAGACAAUUAGCGAAGGAGCGUUAUAAGACAUACACGAUCGCUGCAGAAAUGGUAAAAAAAGAAGAGGAGAGAAGGAAGCUGGAACAUGAGGAAAGCAGGAUAGGAAAAUACACAGGUGGAAAAUGUUCACCAUUUUCAAAACUCACCCCCAAGCAACGGCGGCAGGAGGAUAGGGCUCGGUUCCAGACGCAAGUAUUGAAUUAUCCAUUCCCUGCAGUGGAUGCCCACACUGCUGUUGAAAGUCAGACACCGUCAACGGCCCCCACAGAGGCUCCAGAAGUUGAAGAGGCCGCAUCAACUGUUAAGUCCGGAAUUCCAAUGUUCAGAAAAUUGUCAGCUAGUAAAACAAUGAAACAAAAACGUGCUGAAAAUAAAGAUAGAUAUAGAACAAGGACCCUGGAUGAUGAGGAAGCGCGGGAGGCUGCUCGAGACGCAGAUAUUAUAACAUGUGGCACUCAGUUCGCUAAUUCUGAUGCUUCACUCGAAACAAUCCUGAAUGAUACUCCUAAGGAUGGUGAAGAUGGUAUAAUUGAAUGUGCAAGAUUCAGUUCAGUAUCGAAUGAUUCCGAUCAAGAACAAAAUCUGAGAAUGCGUUUUGCUAAUGGAUUAUCCAGAAGACUGGCAAAACCACAAUUUUCAGAAUCGCCCGGUGCUGCGCCGAAUUCAGUUCUAAGAUUCAACAAAGAAAAACAGUUAUCUCCGUUGAAAUCUUCACCGCAAGACCUCGAAUCAACAAUACAACAAGAGUUUCAGCAAAGUUCGGAUUUUGAAAGCGACGAGGAAUCAAAUAGUGCCAAUGAGCAAUCGCAGGUACCCAAAAGACCACGAAUCGUCAAACCAGGUACAAUGAGCAGAGACGCCAGCCUCGACUCAAAUGCUACAGAUAAAUCUGAACCAGAAAGUCCAAAAACGAUUAGAGGUAGAAGAAAAGCUUUGUAUUCUAAUCCAACUACUCGGAAAUCAACACCGCAAACUUCUCCCUCAAAAAAGUCUAAUGGCGCAGUCAGCGGAAUACCUAUUGGACGCAGUAAUACUUCACCCCUUGUAAGAGGAACGAGAGCAACAACAUUGAGACAGACACAUAAUCCGAGUUUCCCUACGAAAAGUCCGCAAAAAUUGAACGCCAAUUCUAAAAUAGCAUCACCUUCGGCCAGUGCUGUAGAAAAACGUGUCCGUCAUUCUGCUCCUGCUGCAAACAGGACUUCCAUCCCACAAAAAGGGGCUGUGUAUAAUUACGCUAAAUCUGCGAAACGUCACACAACACCUUCCGGUUCUUCUCUAGCACAAGCUAGCAAGCCCGCGAUAAAGCCGCUUGAAAGACAAGGCACCUUCACUAAGGAAGAACCUGAAGUUGAAAAUGCACCAACAGUGCUUCCACCCUGUUCACCGAGUAAAAGUAAAAUUGCCAAGCCAAUAAAAACGUCGCCUUCCAAAACCCAGAUUUCCCCAGGAAAGACAAAGCCCGUUUCGAAGGCAUUCCAAGCACCACAGCCAAAAUUUGCUAAAGCAUCAAGUUUUGAAAAAGAUCAAACUAAAAGUUCACCCACAACAGCCACUUACCAAAGACGAAGUUUGAUAGGAUCCCCCAUAAAACAUUCCCCAAGCAAUCAAAGUUUGCAGAGUAAUGACUCCGGACGAAUUGUCAAGAAAACAAAUAAUCCACUUGGUCAAAGAUCUAACAGCAAUUCCAGCAUCGUGUCAAAUUCUUCUACAGGCGUUCAAAGCAGGCGUACAACAAAAGAAGCCACCAGCAAAAUUGCUAGUCUCUGGAAACGAGUUGAGGAGAGCAAGACCAAGCAACGUUUUGAGAAGAAUGAUACAAGGCAUUGGAUUACAUCUACCCCUGGUGCUGCUGAACCAAACAGUCCGGUUGUUACCAGUAAACCACCGACAUUUCGAUUGAUUCGUAGUUCGACUUUUGAAGGAGUUCCCAAAGACGCCGGCAGCAAGAAUGGUAAUAUGGGUAAACUUAAAUCCACGAUAGGAAGGCGGCAAUCUAAGGUAACGGAUGUCCAAAAUGCUGGUCCAAAGUAUCGAAAUUCAUGUGAUCUGAGUGAAAUGAGUAUUGCAGAAAUGCCUGCUGAAAUCCCAUUAAAGUCGACCGACACUAGAAUGGGUAAAAAAGAGACUGUACAGAUUGGAGAUAGCACCGUAAUUUUGAGGAAACAUACCUAUGAAACAUCAGGAGAUACAGAAAUUGACCCUACCAAACGUUUAUCUCGUCUUGGCUCCUUCAUACGAGUUGACCCACCAAAUGCUGAUGGCAGCAGCACACAAAAUCAAGCAAACAUUAAUUCUGUGCGUGCACCAGCAUCAGCAAUUGUUCCACCGUUUAAUUAUAAUCCCAAGCAAAGUAGUCCAGCCAAAGCAAGUAUUAGUGACAUUGAUGGUAAGCUUGAGGUAACCGAGUGUCAAAUGGAAAUCACUACUAGUUCCAUGCGAGUAACAACGGUAUAAAUAUAGCCAAGAAAUAGAUGUUUCUAAGUUACGGUAAUGACUUUAAUUCAGUUGAUUUUUGCUGUUUAAUGGAGGCUGGUCAUCCCAUCUCUGUUGCUGCUAAAAAAUAUAAAUAUGUCAUUGAAAAAACAAGUUUUAAGUAUUUAAUAUAAUUAAGAUUUAAAAGGUGAGAUAAUUUGGUCUGAUUAGUAUGUGAGGUAUUGGUGUGUUAGGUGAAUAUUGAACAUCAAUCGCAGAGUGGGAAUGACCAGCAUUAUGGACUCGUUUACUUAUUAUAUUCUUAUUGCAUGACGUGCAAUUUGUACUUCGCAGCAAAUAAUAUCGGGAUGUGCGAAUCACGCGAUGAUUUAGUGUAUCCCACAGUUUCCAGAUCUAAACGAUGUGUCGUGACUGUAAAUAUGAUAAGACCGAUAUCUUUGGUUGAGAAGAGUACCGACAAACUAUUACUCGCACUUGAAUAUUUAUUUUAUCGUGUAUAUAAUGAAAGAAGAUAGCUGAAAUAGAGAGUUUAGACGUUAAUGUAUGUAAUCAGAUAUGUAUGUAAUUUAUAACGUGUAUGACAUUUUUUUCGUUAUCAGUAGAUUCGCGAUCAUUUUAAAAGGAUCCUUUAUAGUUUAGUUUUUUUUUUUUUAGGUUUCAUUAGCCAAGUACAAGAGUAUGGCUCUUUAUUAGAGAAUGAGAUGUAUGUAAUUAUAUUUCAAGACUGAUAGUGGCAUUGAGAUAAAUUUUGGAUUUGCUUGCCAUUUUCAUUGAUCUAAUAAAGUGUCGUAAGAUUUAGCAGAAUUCACUAGCUGUACCAUUGGUCUAAGUUAUGAGAAAGAUUUUACAUAUUCUAACAAGAUAUUUGCAAGUGGUGCAGAUUCUGAUUUAGAGAAAAAAAAUGAAAAGAAAGAAUAAUAGGCCUUUGUAACUAUCAGAAGUUUAUGUUUCUAGUCUACCUGUUAUCUUAUAGGGGUAUCAAAGCUUAUAUUUUGAACAUUAAUUAGACCUAAAAUUGCACGUUAAACAUCUACCUUAAUACUUAUACCUAUACCAUUGUUCCCAAAAAAUCAAACUAUAUCGUCAUUUUCGAUGUAUACAGACCAAAUAAUGCAUUAUCAUUUUAGUUGACUGACAAAUUGGUCACAACAAUCGUAUUUUAUUGUUUCAACUAUUAUCGCAUUAGAUUGAAUUAUUAUAUACUCGGCAUAUUGUUUUUGUUUCCUAACGUUUUCAACGAAGACUCGUUAUCAUUAUCUAACUGUAAAUAUUAAUUUAUUUUUCUACGUUUUCCUCCGUCUUAUUGUUUUGUCUCCCACCUGAGUCAAACACAAACAAAUAUUCCCCGAUGGAGGUGAAUGCUUGGCGUGGUACUCUAACGGAUUGCCGCGAUCUGUGUAAUUGAGAAAAGGAAAGGGUUCCCCUUAUUGAUGCUAGGCUCUGCUCCAGUUCAGAUUAAUUAAAUUUAAUCUUUCCAACUCGGAUGAAAGCCGGAGCUUGAUAUUACUCUUGGUGAAUAUCCCAUGCAGUUCUAUGGGAUUUGGUCUGUAUAACACAUCAAAUUUAUUAUCUGAGGUUGCUGUGUAAUCACUUCAUAAAAGCCUCUCUUUCUGUGUAGAUAAUAAAUGUAAUUCUUUCGUUUUCAUGCUUUACGUUCGACCACUAUCCAAUAAUUUGUAUAUUAAUUACCAUGUAAUAAAAUUUAUAGCCAA